CCGCGCCCCCGCGCCAUGGCCGGCCUCAACUCCCUGGAGGCGGUGAAACGCAAGAUCCAGGCCUUGCAGCAGCAGGCGGACAAGGCGGAGUACCGCGCGCAGGGCCUGCAGCGGGAGAUGGACGGCGAGCGCAAGAGGCGCGAGAAAGCCGAAGGGGAUGUGGCAGCUCUCAAUCGACGCGUCCAGCUUGUUGAGGAGGAGCUGGACAGGGCCCAGGAGCAACUGGCCACGGCCCAGCAGAAGCUGGAGGAGGCCGAAAAGGCCGCGGAUGAGAGCGAGAGGGGAAUGAAGGUGAUAGAAAACCGGGCCAUGAAAGACGAGAAGAUGGAGAUACAGGAGAUGCAGCUCAAAGAGGCCAAGCACAUCGCUGAGGAGGCCGACCGCAAAUACGAGGAGGUGGCUCGUAAAUUGGUCAUCCUGGAGGGCGAGCUGGAGCGGGCGGAGGAGCGUGCUGAGGUGUCUGAACUGAAAUGUGGUGACCUAAGAGAAGAGCUCAAAAAUGUCAGCAACAAUCUGAAGUCACUCGAGGCCGCAUCUGAAAAGUAUUCUGAAAAGGAGGAUAAAUAUGAAGAAGAAAUCAAACUUUUGUCCGACAAACUGAAAGAGGCUGAGAGCCGGGCUGAAUUUGCAGAAAGAACAGUUGCAAAACUAGAAAAGACAAUUGAUGACCUGGAAGAAAAACUUGCCCAGGCCAAAGAAGAGAAUGUGGGCUUACAUCAGACACUGAAUCAGACACUAAACGAACUUAACUGUAUAUAACCAAAACAGAAGAGUCUUGUUCCAACAGAAACUCCAGAGCUCCGUGUCUUUCUCUUCUCUUGAAAGAAGUUUCUUUUGCCAUUGAAAUCUUCGCUUUGCUGGAAAUGUCAAGCAAAUUAUGAAUAUAUGACCAAAUAUUUUGUAUCAGAGAAGCUUUGUGCACCAGUUAAAUCUAAUUCCUUCCUUUUUUCAAAAGGCACCAGCUUUUUCAGCUCUAUUUUUAUCCUUAAGUUGCAUUUAUUCAUAAGGUAGGCAGGGUAUUUUAUAUUGAGCAUACUCUCUUAAGACUGAGGGCAUUUGGUUCCUAGGAAAAUAGACAGCCCUAUACUUUUCAAAAACAACUCCAGUAUCUAGUCAUGGGUCAGCUUAGAAGGCUGAAGAAUGUAUAACUUUCUGGGCCACUGUUGGUCACAUGACAGGUAACCAGGGACCAUCACAUUAAAAUAUGGGUAGGGAUUUUCCAUCCAGAGGGG